AUGCCUUUGGUCCCUGACUUCCAGUGGGAAGUUGCCUUCGGAUUACACUCGCUUCAGACUUGGUUCUCUUUGCAAGUGGAGAAAUCUUUUGCAAGUAGCUCUCUUCAGAAAGUUGUGGUGAACUAUGACAAUGUAGUGGACACGGGUUCAGAAACAGAUGAAGAGGACAAGCUUCAAAUUGCUGAGGAGGACGGGAUUGCUAACCCUCUGGACCAGGAGAGGAGUCCAGCUAGCGUGCCCAACCAUGAGUCCUCCCCACACGUGAGCCAAGCUCUGUUGCCAAGGGAAGAAGAGGAAGAUGACCUAAGAGAGGGUGGAGUGGAACACACUUGGCACAACAACGACAUUCUGCAAGCCUCUGUCGAUGGUCCAGAAGAAAUGAAGGAAGACUAUGACACGAUGGGGCCGGAAGCCACGAUCCAGACCGCAGUUAACAAUGGUACAGUUAAGAAUGCAAAUUGCACAUCAGACUUUGAGGAAUACUUUGCCAAAAGAAAACUGGAGGAACGCGAUGGCCAUGCAGUCAGCAUCGAGGAGUACCUUCAGCGCAGUGACACAGCCAUUAUUUACCCAGAAGCCCCCGAGGAACUGUCUCGCCUUGGCACGCCAGAGGCCAAUGGGCAAGAAGAAAAUGACCUGCCACCUGGAACUCCAGAUGCUUUUGCCCAACUGCUGACCUGCCCCUACUGCGACCGGGGCUACAAGCGCUUGACAUCACUGAAGGAGCACAUCAAGUACCGCCACGAGAAGAACGAAGAGAACUUUUCCUGCCCUCUUUGUAGCUACACGUUUGCCUACCGCACCCAGCUCGAGCGGCAUAUGGUGACGCACAAGCCAGGGACAGAUCAGCACCAAAUGCUGACCCAAGGAGCAGGUAAUCGCAAGUUCAAAUGCACAGAGUGCGGCAAGGCUUUCAAAUAUAAACACCAUCUGAAAGAACACCUGCGAAUUCACAGUGGUGAAAAACCGUACGAGUGCCCAAACUGCAAGAAGCGUUUCUCCCAUUCUGGUUCCUACAGCUCCCACAUCAGCAGCAAGAAAUGUAUUGGUUUAAUCUCUGUAAAUGGCCGAAUGAGAAACAAUAUCAAGACGGGUUCUUCCCCUAAUUCUGUUUCUUCUUCUCCUACUAAUUCAGCUAUUACCCAGUUAAGAAACAAAUUGGAGAAUGGAAAACCACUUAGUAUGUCUGAACAGACAGGCUUACUUAAAAUUAAAACAGAACCACUAGACUUCAAUGACUAUAAAGUUCUUAUGGCCACACACGGGUUUAGUGGCACUAGUCCCUUCAUGAAUGGUGCACUUGGAGCCACCAGCCCUUUGGGAGUUCAUCCAUCUGCUCAGAGUCCAAUGCAGCACUUAGGUGUAGGGAUGGAAGCCCCUUUACUCGGAUUUCCCACAAUGAAUAGUAACUUAAGCGAGGUACAAAAGGUUCUACAGAUUGUGGACAAUACGGUUUCCAGGCAAAAAAUGGACUGCAAAGCUGAAGAAAUUUCCAAGUUGAAAGGUUAUCACAUGAAGGAUCCAUGCUCUCAACCUGAGGAACAAGGAGUUACUUCUCCUAAUAUUCCACCCGUAGGUCUUCCAGUAGUGAGUCAUAAUGGUGCCACUAAGAGUAUUAUUGACUAUACAUUAGAAAAAGUCAAUGAAGCCAAAGCUUGCCUCCAGAGCUUGACCACUGACUCAAGGAGACAGAUCAGUAAUAUCAAGAAAGAGAAGCUACGUACUUUAAUAGAUUUGGUCACUGAUGAUAAAAUGAUCGAGAACCACAACAUAUCCACUCCAUUUUCUUGCCAGUUCUGUAAAGAAAGCUUCCCUGGCCCCAUUCCCUUGCAUCAGCAUGAACGUUACCUUUGUAAGAUGAAUGAAGAGAUCAAGGCAGUCCUGCAACCUCACGACAACAUAGUCCCCAACAAAGCUGGAGUUUUUGUUGAUAAUAAAGCCCUCCUCUUGUCAUCUGUACUUUCUGAGAAAGGAAUGACAAGCCCCAUCAACCCAUACAAGGACCACAUGUCUGUACUGAAAGCAUAUUAUGCUAUGAACAUGGAGCCCAAUUCUGAUGAACUGCUGAAAAUUUCCAUUGCUGUGGGCCUUCCUCAGGAAUUUGUGAAGGAAUGGUUUGAGCAACGAAAAGUCUACCAGUAUUCAAAUUCCAGGUCACCAUCACUGGAAAGGAACUCCAAGCCGCUAGCUCCCAACAGUAACCCUCCCACAAAAGACUCUUUAUUACCCAGGUCUCCCGUAAAACCUAUGGACUCCAUUACAUCACCAUCCAUAGCAGAACUCCACAACAGUGUGACGAAUUGUGAUCCUCCUCUCAGGCUAACCAAACCUUCCCAUUUUACCAAUAUUAAACCAGUUGAGAAAUUGGACCACUCAAGGAGUAAUACUCCCUCCCCCUUAAAUCUUUCCUCCACAUCUUCUAAAAACUCCCACAGUAGUUCUUACACUCCAAACAGCUUCUCUUCCGAGGAGCUCCAGGCUGAGCCUUUGGACUUGUCAU